AUGCGCCAGCUAGAGACACGCCUCUUCUUUCUGCAAGCCAUGUGGUUGCAGUUGAUAAAUAAAGAUCUCAGCUGAUUAUUUUAGGUCUAUUUUACUCGUUUUUGUGUUCAAACGCUGACUUUUGCACAGUCGGAGCAGCCAAUAUGUCAGCGGGCGUCGUGAACCUCCAGGCGCAGGUGGAGUCGGUGCUCGGAGCGCUGGUCAAAGCCGCCUCGGUGGAGUUAACCAAACUGUUCGAGAGCGGAUACCGAGCAUCGGCGCGCGAUGUUGAUGUGGGCCGCACGGAGGACAAACGGCAAACUGUCACACCCGAUAGUUUAUCCACUGGUGACACAACACGCAGCAUCGGUGUGCAAGUGGACGAGGACAUGUAUCAGCCGUUGGAGCUAUCUGGCCCCCCUGUCUUCUCGGAUGGGGAUUGUUUGAGGGAGGACAGUGUGGAGGUGGUGGAGGGGUGUCUCGCUCCAUCAGAAAUCCUCCUGGCUGAAGAUAAUGGCCAAAUUGACCCCGAGUUGUCACCGCUGAAGGAACAGCAGAUUGUGGCAGAGACUGUAGAUAUGGUGGAGUUGAGCGGGUUUGAAGCAGAGUCUCCAACUGAAAGGGAUCCUCAAACAGAAGUCGUUUUGCAUGUCUCUGCAGAGACAUGGACAUUAAGACACGGUCCCACUCAAAGCUCUCCAGCUAAACAGAAGCCUCUCCUGAUCCAACCAGAUACACACAAUAUCAUUUCUGGGGAGAAAGUUAAGUUUGUCUGCCCGUUGAUCCUCAAACCAGAGUCUCCAGCCCCUAAACCUGACAAUCCAGAGAAUACUGUUAAACCCGAGCCUCAGCAAGUCUGCGUCAGCACGGCCAAGGGCACUGCCUACAGUCCCUCAUUGUCUGAUGGAGCAGUGACUCCCGCUCCGGUUGGGGUUUGGGAACGGAUCCAAGUGCCAAAGGAGACAAAGCAUAACCUCCACAUGAAACUGAAACUGACUUCUCCGGACCAAAAGCUGACGCGUGCCUGUGCAGUACAACUGGUGGACUUUCUCAUGGUGCCUGAGUCAGAGAUGAACCCUCAGGACGCUGCUGCUAAAGGUCAUCAUGCUAACCACAAAACUGGUUGGCCUCUGCCCAAAGACCUCCGCCGCCACCAAGGUCUUCACACCGGCCACCGCCUCUGUUGCUUCACCCCCUGUGAAAACGGCGUUUGGCGGCUUCAGAAAGUGGUCACCCACUCACGCGAUGGAUACCCGUGCAGCAUCUGUGGGAAGACGUUCAAGCGGAGGAAGAUUCUCCGGCGGCACGAGCGCUUUCACUCAGGAGAAAAGCCCUACCCGUGCUCAUCAUGCUCCAAGUCGUUUGCACUGAGGAAGAGUCUCCGUCGCCACCUGAGGUUCCACACGGGGCAGAGGCCGCACACCUGCACGCACUGCGGCAAAAGCUUCCGUCUGCGAGAAAAUCUGAAAACACACCUGAGGUUUCACACUGGGGAGAAGCCUUUCAACUGCGCCACUUGUGGCAAGAUGUUCAGGAUCGUAAAGAAUCUGGAGCAACACAAACAGAGCCAGUGUGGAUUCUUUGUUCAUUCAUUCAGGACAAUUGCUGGCUUGAAGCAGUAGAAUAACAGCAGGUGGUUGUGGUGGUUGUGGUGGUUGAACCACUUUUUUUUUACCUCAGACUGAAAACACUGUAUUGCUUUCAUGACUGUCAUGUAACGUUUAGAUUUUUUUUAAAAAGUCAAAGCAAUGAGAGAAAAAGAGAUUGUAAUCCAGAUUGAUUCCAGAAAAGUUAUAUUUUUAAUGACCAAUAAAAGGGGAUUAUUUGUGA